ACGAUUUGUGGGGCGGUAGGGCGAAAAAUAUGGUGCAGCACCUUAGGCAGUGAUAUGCGAGGCGCAGUCAUAUAGCAAGCUGUGUCCAAGGCUCCCGUCCUGGUCGCCGAUUGACGCUCAGGCCAGCACGCGCCUAGACGAUUCGGGCAUUAGGAUAUAUUAUGCCAGACCACUCCCCGGGCGCAUGCAGUCCAGCUCCGCACCACACACCAUGGACCAACAACCUCCAACCCAGCCAGCAGCGCCGGGCCCAUAUCCCCGCCAACUCGCAAUCAAGCCGACCGCCUUUCGAGACUUUGAAAUCCACCCCAACGAUGGCGGCGACAACGACAACAACACCGCCCCGAUCUACUACUGCAGCGUGGCGCGCAUGGGCAUCAACAAGCCCGACAUCCUCCUGCAAAGCGGCGCAAAAGGCGGGCCCGUGGCCGGCGCAUCACACUACAGAAGCUCGCGCUCCAUCAUCUGCGGCGUCGGGGCGGACGAAACGUCCAUGAUCUGGACGAAGCUGCAGCACGUCGGUUUCCUUUCCGGGCACUUUGAGUUCGAUUGGCAGGGGCGCAAGUAUGCCUUGCGGAGGGCAAGUGGGGAGGAGAUUGGGGCCAGCGCGCUGCGGAGCUUGGUUGGCUUGCAGUUCAAAGUGGUGGAUGAGGCUACGGGCAGGAUUGUGGCGUUGUUUGUGAGCCAUUCGGCGGUUGGGAGGCGCAGGCCGGCGACGCUGAAGUUUGUCGAGGGCUUGGAGGCGGAGUUUGAGACGGUGGUUGUGCUUGGCGUGCUUUCGUGGAAGGAUAAGAUCCGGAGGACGCGGGCGCGCGGUGCUGCUGCUGGGGGUGCUGGUGCUUGAGUUGUCGCGAAUAGAUAGGACCCCUGGCUGUGUGUCCCAUUC